GCCCGCGGCCGCCGCCGCCAUUUCGGGCGCUGCUGUGAGGGUGAGACCCGAGCCGGUCCGCUGGGCGGCGGGCGCCGGGGCUGGAGUGUCGCGCGUGGCGGCGGCGGCCCAGCGUGUUGGCGCGGAGGUGGCCAUGGCGGGCAAUUUCGACUCUGAGGAGCGGAGUAGCUGGUACUGGGGGCGAUUGAGCCGGCAGGAGGCAGUGGCACUGCUGCAGGGCCAGCGGCACGGGGUGUUCCUGGUGCGGGACUCGAGCACCAGCCCCGGGGACUAUGUGCUCAGCGUCUCCGAGAACUCGCGUGUCUCACACUACAUCAUCAAUAGCAGCGGCCCGCGCCCACCGGUGCCACCAUCGCCCGCACAGCCUCCGCCCGGGGUGAGCCCCUCCAGACUCCGAAUAGGAGAUCAAGAGUUUGAUUCAUUGCCUGCUUUACUGGAAUUCUACAAAAUUCACUAUUUGGACACUACAACAUUGAUAGAACCAGUUUCCAGAUCCAGGCAGGGUAGUGGAGUGAUUCUCAGGCAGGAGGAGGCAGAGUAUGUGCGAGCCCUCUUUGACUUUAAUGGGAAUGAUGAAGAAGAUCUUCCCUUUAAGAAAGGAGACAUCUUGAGAAUCCGGGAUAAACCUGAAGAGCAGUGGUGGAAUGCCGAGGACAGCGAAGGCAAGAGGGGGAUGAUUCCAGUCCCUUACGUGGAGAAGUAUAGACCUGCCUCCGCCGCCUCAGUAUCUGCUCUGAUUGGAGGUAACCAGGAGGGUUCCCACCCACAGCCACUGGGUGGGCCGGAGCCCGGGCCCUAUGCCCAACCCAGCGUCAACACUCCGCUCCCUAACCUCCAGAAUGGGCCCAUUUAUGCCAGGGUUAUCCAGAAGCGAGUCCCUAAUGCCUACGACAAGACAGCCUUGGCUUUGGAGGUCGGUGAGCUGGUAAAGGUUACGAAGAUUAAUGUGAGUGGUCAGUGGGAAGGGGAAUGUAAUGGCAAACGAGGUCACUUCCCAUUCACACAUGUCCGUCUGCUGGAUCAACAGAAUCCCGAUGAGGACUUCAGCUGAGUAUAGCUCAACAGUUUUGCUGACAGAUGGGAACAAUCUUUUUUUUUUUUUUUCCAAUUACCAUCUAUAUAAUUUUCUUACAGGUGUCAAAAGCAGUCUAGUUUAUAUAAGCAUUCUGUUACCUGUGAUCUUUUUUUAGACUGAACUACUCCAUUCCUAGUCUUAUUUACCAUAUCCAGGGUACGAAACUGGAGGGCUUGUGUGGUUAUUUCUGAAUUGGCAGUUUUAGGUGGUAGUGGCUGUGCCUGUAUCAGAAGGGACAGGUGUUUUACCUCCUUUCUCUCAAGCAGUGCAGAACAACCUGUGGGAUGCUGAUGGACAAGGGAGGAGUGUUACACACUGGUUACCCUGACUUAUCCAGUGGUUUUGUUUUCAUCUGAAAUCAUACUAUCAAAUGGCAGUAGACUGUUCCCUUCCACCCCCUUGAAGUAAUCAUGCACCAUGUGAAUAGUGCCCAGUGGGAUUGCUUUUUCAUUUAUGGAACAUGACCAUUGUAUGACUCAUUCUGACAUUUGAAAUCCUGAGAAUUCUGAGAACACUACUAGAGGCAUUUGUCUUCCUUCCCAGUCAAUGCUUCAUACUUUUUCUUGGGAUUCUUUCAACCCUUGUUAUUCUUUUCCCCAAGACCCAUAAGUAGGCUGAUUCUUAAGAUAAUGUAUAUUUUCAUUCCAGAUGAGGAGCAGGAUGUGCAGAGCACUUUAUUCAGUGCAUAGCUUUAAGCCAGUAUUGGAUUCACUAAGUGGACAGCCAAACUCCCAGCUCUCUGCCUUCCCCUAAGGGGUCAUACUAGAUUUACACUGCUGCAGCAGCUAAAGAGAUUCCUGCCUGAUGGGUAUCAACAGGGCCAUUUCUCCUGAGUGCCAGUAUCCUAGGACACCCUGAAUUCUCAGAUUCUACUUGGAGUAGAAGGACCAAUCACUUAUAAUAUUCCAUGAAAGGUUUCAGGGCCAAAUUCUGCCCUCAGCGUUCUGUGCAACUUAUAUAAAAGACAAGUUAGAAUCAUGAGUUUGAGGGUAGAGUUAGUGCUUUGAAAGAUGUUUGAACCAAUCAUGAAUUACUUAAUGUAUUAUUCAUUUUACAUGGCCAGAACAGUGCUUGAAGUACUGUCUUCAUUUUUUUUUUUCAUGGCUUUUUUUUUUUUUUUUUUAAUGUUCAGGUUUAGUUUGUAAACCCUUUUAAAAAUAGAAUGGUUUAUAUGGGGUCAGGUGCUCCAAAGAAUAGACCUAUGAGACCAAAAAUAAUCUAAGCUAUUUUAGACUAUAACAUGAAACUUUUAAAGUUAGUUCCCAGUUGAUAAAGGCACUUGGUGGUCUCUGGUGUAGUGUGACAUAGAAACACCUUAUACUUUGCUUUGGACCUCAUUUUAGAAACAUAAUGUGUACCUUUCUAAUUGCUCUACAUAGGUUAAUAUGAUAAAUUUUCAUUCUUUGAAUAUAUACCAAAUCAUGGUUAUUUUAGUGCACAUUGCCUGGCACAUAGUGUGCCAAUGUUUGUGUGAGUGAAUGAGGGUAAUGCAGGAGCUUGUUACAUGGCCCAGGGAAGCCAGCUGGCACGGGAGUUACAUACAUUACCACAGGCAAACUUAUGAGUUGACGCUAAUUUAAUGUAUUUUUACCUCACACUAAGGUAAUGCUUGAUGAAGAUAUUAAUAAUCAACUUUCAAAAUAUUAGCACAGUGCUGUGCACAUAGUGGGUGCUCAAUAAUGUCGAAUGAACAAAUUUGCAUACCCAAUAUAAUUCCAUCUGACUACUUUUGUUAAAUUUUCAGUUAUCAUUCAUACUGUAAAAUCCAAAAGCACAUUAAAUCUUGUUUUCCUGGAAGUAUGGCAUCUAAAAUAUUUGUAGAAGAACCUUGUUACAACUGAUUUGAAUGUUUAUAUUUUCCUUUGCCUUUGAUAUUGGCUUGUAAUGUCUCUUUUCAUCAUGUAAUAUUAGUGGAAUAUGCAACUCAAAUCAUAAGAAUUUCUCAAUGAUAAGUUGUCUGGAGCCAUUACAUAAAGUGUUGGGUUGGAUUUGGCUGGGUGUGGCAGUUAUUGGAUAUCAAGAACUCAAAGGACUUCUUAUAAAUUCCAAAAAACAUGCUAGAAUUCCCAUUCAAGUGCAUAUUCAUUGUCACAAAAUAAACUGAAAUUGGCUGCUAUAUUUUUUAUAAUUGUUUCUGCAAAAGCCCAUUUUUUGGAUACUAAUGUUUGACAUGGUUAAUUCUUAUUAAUUUGUUGGACUUCUUUAUUGUUAAUAAUGAAAAUAGAUAAUUUUUAAUUUUCCACAAGUAACAUAUCACUAUUAAUGGUUUGAAAUGGGUGAUAAGCAAACCAAUUUGAAAUAAAAUAUGAACAUUUGCCAUUGUAUUAUAACACUAUACACUUUCUUGACAGUUAAAUUUUAAAAAAUGUUUUUUUGUAGCAUGUAUUGUAUAUGUUUAUAGUAUAUGUAGUAAAUAAA